ACAUGACAAGGGGAGUAUACCGCCACUGGAGACUGUCUUGUCAUUGAUACAGAGGAGAACCAGACAUUUGCAGAGGAGAAUACUGUACCAGGCAGCAUGAUCCAUGUUUCAAGAACGCCCAAGUUCUCCACUUGUGGGACUAUACAUUUAGACCCGUCUCCUAUGGAAACAACCGCUGACCAGGACCAGAUCUUGAGCUCAGCAGCCAGACACAGAAGACCCAGGUCCCAUUCCUACUACAGCCCAGAGGACGCCAAAAAGUAUGGCGUCGAGACGGCGACAGAUGAGAACGUUGUCAGGCCACGCUCCAGGUCUUUCUAUAGUUAUGAGACGUCUGAGCUCUACAGAGAGGGGAACUUUACCAGGUCCAACGCCAUGAGGCCGAGAUCCAACUCCCUGGAGAAGAGUGGGGACGGGAAGAAGGAGAAGAGUAGUGCGGAUGGGAAUCAGGGGAUCCUACCUCGGCUCAACUCCAAGAGAUCCAAGUCCAACACCAACAAACACUUGCCAUGCAGAGAUCUCAAUGGCCGAAGAGGCAGUCUAAAGGGUGUCCCCAUGAUGACCAUCUCUGAAUCAGAGAACUGGGAGAUCAGCUCCUGCUCUGGCAUGAAGUAUGGCCAGUUUGUGGACUGGGAGAAGAUCGACCCUGAAGCUUCAGAGCGCUACCAGAGGAUCCUGAAUUCGGAUCACCAGGAGCUGAAGACCAUGGGUCGAUCAGGGUUCUGGGUCAUGCCCCAUACACUAAGGGCCAAGGCCUAUUAUCAUAUAAUUCAUGGUAUCAACUGCAGGUCCAUCAAACCGGAUCGAGAUCAUUACCAGGAUGUGGCCAAGAAGCUCUUCGGAGAGCAGAAGAUGAGCACACACCCGUUCCCUGAGUACAUGGAUGAUGGCGUGAUCCCUAGGUACUGCCUCAACAAAGCUGGUCUCAAUUCUGUAAAAAAGGUCCUCCUCUGCAUUGGCAAGCACCUCCCGGACAUCAACUUCUGCCCAAUCCUCCCAGCCUUGGUGGCUCUCCUCCUGCAUUUCAGCGAAGACGAAGCAGAGUGCUUCCACAGCGUCUGCCGCCUUAUCGCCUACAAUGACCCCAACAAGCGCUACAUCGAUCAGACAUUCCUCACCUACCGGGCCUCCUGCAUGACCUUCGGCGACCUGGCCAACAAGUACUGCCGCGGCAUCCGCAAGCUCAUCGCCAGCUCCCACCAGAACCUCUUUGAGUUCUACUCUGAUUGGAUCAUGUGGAUAUUUGCUGACCUCCCCUUCACAUACGCUAUGAGGGUCCUGGAUGUCUAUCUUCUGGAGGGUUACAAGGUUCUCUACAGGGUGGCUCUGGCUCUUCUCAGCUUGUACAAGGUCUCGGUUUCGUCUCGUGUCGCCGACGUGGAGGACUUCAGGCGAGACAUGAAGAGCUUUGUGGAGAACGUGGUGCGUCACUGCACGGUGGAGAAGCUGCUGGAGAGGGCCUUUAGUAUCCAACUGGCCACGCGGAGGGAGCUCAACCUACUGUUCAACGCUAACAAGGACUCACUCAUGCAGAAGGGCAUCAGUAUCCACCAGAAAAGGUGGCAGUCGUUGGAUUUUGACAGCUUCAGCUCCAGCAUUCCAGAGAUGAGGAUUGUCUGGGCCUGGAUCCUUUUGAUCUAUAAACACUUUACAGCUCUUCGUAAAUUUUAUUCCCGUGUUGAGGGGCAUGAGCCAGUGAUCUUGCUCCUGAAAACUAUGGAUGAAGAGGUCUGUGGUGCCUUCCUGUCGACAGAUUUGAUUGAGCGGAAAAAGUAUGAUUCAGAAGAACCUGCGUAUUUUGGGACUGGGGAGAGCUUUGUUUUCACGCUUCGUCCAGGCAUGGAGCGCUACCAACGGGCUGUGGUUCACAUUACGGCCAAGAGACAACCUUCUCCAGACCUUCGAGCUGCUAUGGUCUGUGUAUACACUUCCUCUGGUAAAGAGGACUCCUCCUCUACCCCACUCUCCACCACCUCUACUACCAACCACACCACCCUGACCUGUCCAGCCGGGACCCUCCAGGACCCCAGCUACCUGAACAUUCCCUUCACCUCCUCCUCCCCCGGACCUCUCUCCCCCUCACCCAAGAGGGCCAAGGAACAAGGGGCCUUCAUGUUCAUCGCCGGAGACCACGAGAGGCUAGUCAUUGGUGGCGAUGGGGGUCACGCUCUUUGCCUCCAGGCAGAUCUGGAGGGGGGCUACACGGAGCAAUGUGACACCUUCGAGAGUGCCGCUCUCUGCAAGAGACACUUCAAGAUCCGGUCAUUGGAAGUGUGGGGAAUUCAGAACUCCACCUCGUUCUCACACUACUUCUCUUACUGUCAUUAAAAGAGGAAGCUGACAUGUGUUUCCACCUCUUAUAUAAACUGGUUUCUGCUAAUUCUGUUGUCCAUUUGAUUAGACUAUAUUUUUCUUAAUGUUUAUAAUGAAAUAUUUUCUGUUCACACAAUUCAAAGUAGUUAUGUGUGUGGAUGACAAUGGGCUAAACUAAAUAGGGUUUUUACAGUGCAUUCGGGAAGUAUUCACACCCCUUGACUUUUUCCAUAUUUUGUUACGUUACAGCCUUAUUCUAAAAUGUAUUAAAUCGUUUUUUCCCCUCAUCAAUUAACACACAAUAACCCAUAAUGACAAAGCAAAAACAGGUUUUUAGACAUUUCUGCAAGUUUAUUCAAAAUAAAAAACUGAAAUAUCACAUUUACAUAAGUAUUCAGACACUUUACUCAGUACUUUGUUGAAGAACCUUUGGCAGCGAUUACAGCAUCGAGUCUUCUUGGGUAUGACGCUACAAGCAUGGCACACCUGUAUUUGGGGAGUUUCCCCCAUUCUUCUCUGCACAUCCUCUCAAGCUCUGUCAGGUUGGAUGGGGAGUGUCGAUGCACAGCUCUUUUCGGGUCUCUCCGGAGGUGUCCGAUCGGGUUCAAGUCCAGGCUCUGGCUGGGCCACUCAAGGACCUUCAGAGACUUGUCCCGUUGUCUUGGCUGUGUGCUUAGGAUUGUUGUCCAGUUGGAAGGUGAAGGUUUUCCCCAGUCUGAGGUCCUGAGCGCUCUGGAGCAGGUUUUCAUUAAGGAUCUGUCUGACUAGUCUCCCAGUCCCUGCCGCUUAAAAAAAUCCCCACAGCAUGAUACUGCCUCCACCAUGCUUUACCGUAGGGAUGGUGGCAGGUUUCCUCCAGAAAGGAUGCUUGGCAUUCAGGCCAAAGAGUUCAAUCUUUCAUCAGACCAGAGAAUCUUGUUUCUCAUAGUCUGAGAGUCCUUUAGGUGGCUUUUGGCAAGCUCCAAGUGUGCUGUCAUGUGUCUUUUUCUGGCUUCAACUGGCCACUCUACCAUAAAGGCCUGAUUGGUGGAGUGCUGCAGAGAUGGUUGUCCUUCUGGAAGGUUCACCCAUCUCCACAGAGGAACUCUGGAGCUCUGUCAGAGUGACCAUCUGGUUCUUGGUCACCUCCCUGACCAAGGCCCUUCUCCCCCGAUUGCUCAGUUUGGCCGGGCGGCCAGCUCUAUGAAGAGUGUUGGUGGUUCCAAACUUCUUCCAUUUAAGAAUGAUGGAGACCACUGUGUUCUUGGGGACCUUCAAUGCUGCAGAAAUUUGGUACCCUUCUCCAGAUCUGUACCUCGACACAAUCCUGUCUCAAGCUCUGCUGACAAUUCCUUUGACCUCAUGGCUUGGUUUUUACUCUUACAUGCACUGUCAACUGUGAAACCUUAUAGACAGCUGUGUCCAAAUCAUGUUCAAUCAAUUUAAUUUACCCCAGGUGGACUCCAAUCAAGUGGUAGAAACAUCUCAAGGAUGAUCAAUGGAAACAUGAUGCACAACAUACUGACUCAACUCCAGCCACUUUAACAAUGGAAAUGGAUGGAAAUGGAUGUAAAAAUGUAUCACUAGCCACUUUAAACAAUGCCACUUAAUAUAAUGUUUACAUACCCUACAUUACUCAUCUCAUAUGUAUAUACUGUACUCUAUACCAUCUACUGCAUCUUGCCUAUUCCGUUCUGUACCAUCACUCAUUCAUAUAUCUUUAUGUACAUAUUCUUUAUCCCUUUACACUUGUGUGUAUAAGGUAGUAGUUGUGGAAUUGUUAGGUUAGAUUACUCGUUGGUUAUUACUGCAUUGUCGGAACAAGAAGCACAAGCAUUUCGCUACACUCGCAUUAACAUCUGCUAACUAUGUGUAUGUGACAAAUAAAAGUUUAUUUGAUUUGACGUGAGCUCAAUUUUGAAUCUCACAGCAAAGGGUCUGAAUACUUGUGUAAAUAAGGUUCCUGUUAUUGUAAUUUUUAAUACAUUUGCAAAAAAAAUCUA